UAGGGUGCACCUGAAACGUCCAGAAUUGGGUGUUGAUUGAGGUCGUCGUUAAAAGUCAAAGUCAAAGUAGUAUUUAGUGAUCCUUUUCUACUUCAGUCAAUUUUUCAGGUUGUGGUGCUUUCAAGACCGUAGGAAAAUGACUACAGUCCUUGCAAACCAGAGUCGUGUCCCAGGACUGCUCCAUCACUCUCUCCUUCGAAACUCAAAGCUAUGUCAUCAUAUCAGACAGUAUCUCCAGUGCUCUGUGUGCAGAGCAUUUGGACGAAUUGCUAAUUCAACACGGCAACAAAAAGACUCCUUUUUUCCACAGAACCAAUGUACUUUAAUAGCCUCCCAUCAUUGCCAUGCAAGAACAUUUGUUUCUGUUUCUAGUCCAGAGAAGUCCAGACAUGUUAUCUUUAAACACAAUAGCAGUGCUCCCAACUGUGCAGGUUUGUUCACGCACAAACUUCUAUCCGCUUGCACAUCCUUGAUGUCUCCGAGGCAGAUGAGUAGUGUAAAAAAGCCUGUGGUGUCCAGAUUUACCGAAGACAUUGACCUGGACAGUCUGAGGGAAGAACUGAGGCUGGAACGGAAAACCUCUGGGCAAAAUGUACAACUUGUCUCAAAGAUUAAAGAAGCUGUAGCUGCAAAAUGUGAUGCCGCUGUUGCAAACUUGAGUGAAGCCGACGCAAAGUCUCUCAAAGUGAUACAGCUAGAGCACAACUUCCUGUACUCUGAGGGGUACCAUAUUCCAAGUCUGGAGGAAAUGACCAGUGAGAACUGGCUUGAGGCAAUGGGCUGCAAGUCGAAAAACCAACGGCUGAAGUAUUACCUUUUCCUGCAAAGACGAAAGGUCCUAAAGGAAAAUUUUAUUAAAAAAAGAGAAGAGAAAAAGCAAAACAGAACUGUUAGGCCAAUGAAUUCGUACGAGCACGGAAAAAUUUUCAUGCGCAUUUAUGAAAGCACUAUGAAGAGAUGGAACAACUACAGGCUGGCCUCUGCCAUGCAGUACGGCGUGCCGUUGGUCAUUGACAUGGACUUUGAGAAACACAUGAGGCCACAGGAGAUCCGGAACACAGCGCAUCAACUUCUUGACCUGUACGCAUUCAAUCGCCUUGAUGACGGUGAACCUUUCCACCUUCACUUCACUUCCUGUUCAGAAACCAAUUCAAUUUACAGAAUGAUGCAAAUUUUGUUCCAAGACAACCAAGACUUCCUUGCCACAGUGACAGAAAAUUCGUAUCUUGAUCUGUUCAAGAAACAAGAGCUGGUGUAUUUGUCACCCAACGGCAGACAGGUUCUGAGGGAAUUUGACCCCAACACAGUCUACAUUGUCGGAGCCUUCAAUGACAAAGCCACACAGGAGCCAGUGACGUUUGCCAAGGCCAGACAGCAAAACAUCAAAUGCCUCAGGCUGCCCCUUGAUGAGCAUAUAUCAUGGGUGUCAGGAGGCAAGGACUUAACCCUGGAUCAGAUGAUCAAAAUUCUUCUGUCAGUGAAAAAGGGCAAAUCAUGGGAUGAGGCAUUUCAGUUCAUACCCAAGAGAAAGCGAACAGCAAGGGAUCGGUAGAACAACUCAGGAAAAACUUACCUGUACUUUUAGAAGAAAUGAGAGUAAAAAUCUGCUUUCUGGAUUGAAUCUUGUUUUGUACAGCUGUGUUCUUCUUUAGGAUUGCGGCCUACAAAUUACCGUCUGCAGUCUUUUUUUUAUAGGUGUUACUCAUGAAUAUGAAACACCCUUGAUUAAUAUUUUGAAACCUGGACCUUGAUAUAAUUUGGGCCAUUCUAUGAAAAAUGAAACUACAGCUCAGAAGGAGCAAACCACACCAGACCUUCCAACCACCCGCAAGCAUGCCACUAUUCCUAGAUUAGCUGACUAACUUGAUGAGGAUGACUUGCAAAACUCAAGUAGAGAACAAUAAUUGUUUGUAAAAUAACCUGGUGUUGUGUAAAGAAGUUAUGUUGUGCUAUUUACAUUUUGUUAACUGCUGAUAGUACAUGUACAUGAUACACACAGUGGUUUACCAAAAAAAAUGAAUAAAGGAUGAAUUUAAAGGGCAAUAGCUCUGUAAUUUUACUCAGCAAUUUUUGCAAGAAACUGAACCCAAAAAAAUUCAACCAGGGCAUAUCAAAUUUGUGAAUUUGAAGAAAAUGGACCAACAUUUUCAAAAAACAUGAAGUUUUUUAAAAUAAGAACUAAAAUUGAGUAAAACACAAAACUUUACAGCUUCUUAAAAUUCAACUGUUAUAGUGUGUAUUAUUAUGCAAAGAUGACCGAGUUAUUACACUACACUUUACAUGUUUAAUGAGGGUUUUUAAAAAUACAUCUGGUGGUAUAUAUGCGUUUGAUGAAGUAGAAUUUCUUUAUGGGAUUUCUGAUGUAAAGUUGCAUUGAUUAUGACCUCCAGCUGUUCAUAUCAAGCAGUAAUAUUUCUGUUUUUAUAGUUUUAUCACAAUGAUGUUUUAUAGGAUAUAAUAUAAAACAAUAAACUCUCAUUCUGAAGUGUA